AUGUGCUUCAGGAACACCGACGGUGUCGACACAUUCCCUCCGCCCAGCGCAGGCCCUCCCUGCACCACCAGUCGGCCAACUCCGCCUCGGGACGGGGCCCAACACUUCUCUCCCUACAAGGGGCCGCUGCACUCUGCUACCCUUGAGCCGACCAUAGCGGCAACACCAUCACCACUGAGCAGCAGGUCCCGCCGAUGGCCCAGCAGCAGUCGCGGCUCGCACGUCAACAAAGCUCCCGCCCCGCCAUCUCCAUUCCACCCGGUGCCCCGCCGCCACAACCGCCAACACCAUCACCUUCACCUACAGAGUGGUGACCGCCCGCCCUGCCAACACCCGCCCCUAAUUCACUACACAAAGAAGUAUAUAACACUGGCCAGCACAGCACCACAUGACAACCUACACACCAUGGCCAUCCACCUCGCCGCACGACACUGCAUCAAGAUAACACCCCCCCACUUCCCACAGCCACAGACAGACGCGUUGUUCAAUGUCACUGAUGCCCACACAGAGAAUACCCGCAACCAAAUUUACAUCGCGGUUAGUGAAGCUGCAGCCGCAAGCCCCAGCGCCAAGUCCUCCUGCUGGUCCCCACCUGAUUAUAACACACCGGUGCUCACCCAGGACACGGCGAAGGCUUCAUGA